AUUGCUUUAUUCCGUAUUUGCAAAAUGGCUUUCUUAAGAAUAAGCGGUCAUUUGGUCAACGCAAAUUUAUUUGAUUUCAACAUAAAAUAUCUUACCAUGGUUGGGUUGUGGCCAAACGAUAAUUGGGGACGUAACAAAAGAUAUAUGUAUAAAGUAUACGAAAUAAUACUUCAUAUUUUAUCGGUAAUCUUUAUUAUCGUGACUGGGAUUGGUACUUAUCAGAAUAAAGACAAAAUAAUAGUUUUUAUGACUAAUUUAGACAAAUCUCUCGCCGCUUACAACUUUGUAUCAAAGAUAUUGUUCUUCGUAUUAAAAAGGAAACAACUAAGCAACCUUAUUAAUGAAAUAAGGAAUUCAGGCGACGAGGUUAGUCCCGAAAGAAGAUACCUAAUGGUUAUUCACGUAAUAAUAAUAACUCUGGUGUCAACUACUAUAGUUACUACUUUUAGUAUGUUGAGUCAGUUGAAGGGUGAAAUGAUUUUGGAAGCUUGGAUGCCAUUUGAUCCAUUAAAGAGCAGAAUGUCUUUGCUUUUAGCUAGUCAAAUAUUAGCAAUUAAUUUUGCUGUGCCUUGUUUGUACCGAGCGUUUGCUAUCCAAGGUAUUGUUUGUAGUAUUGUUUUGUAUUUGUGUGAUCAAUUAGUUGAGCUGCAACAGAGACUGAAGAACUUGUCAUAUUCCGAAGAAAGGGAGGGUCUUGCUAGAAUUGAAUUCAAAGAAAUAAUUAAGAAGCACGUUCGCAUAAUAAGAUAUUCUAAGAUAUUAACAAAUAUAUUCAAGGAAUUCUUUUUAAUUCAAAAUUUGGCUGUAACGAUUGAAUUGUGUUUAAAUGCUUUAAUGGUGACCAUGGUAAGCUUGGAAGAAAAAACCCUUGUGGCUUCCUUUAUAGGGUAUCUUGGUUUAGCUCUAUUAAAUGCGUAUAUUUUCUGCUAUUUGGGAAACGAAUUAAUAAUUCAAAGUACAGGCAUUGCUCAGGCAGCAUAUGAAUCAGGUUGGACUUCUUGGCCAGUUGACAUGCAGAAAGAUGUUUUGACCGUAAUAAGAGCCUCUCAAAUACCGUUAACGUUGAGCGCCGGCGGGAUGACUGUAAUGUGUAUUCAAACGUAUAGCCAGGCACUCUACAACGCGUAUUCUAUUUUUGCAGUUUUAAAUGAUGUUGUGGAUUAA